GUGAGGCUGUGACCACAGAAGGGACAAUGAGAGUAGAGUGAAACUCAAUGAGGACAAAAAAAUAUCCAAUGAAAGAGAUAAUGGACCUCUGGCCGAUCAGUUGAUACUCAGAAGUAAAGGGACAACUUCUGAACAAGACCGAAAGAAGAGGUUAGUAGAGGUUGUAGGAGUUGAAUUACUUCUCAACAUGGUGUGGAAGUUCUAUGUCUGAUCGCAUCGUCUUCGGCUAAACCGAAGCCAGGUCAUCAUCAACCAGCAAUCGCCCCUCCAGACGUCGGUCCCAUCGCCCCCCCAGACCCCGGCCCCUUCCACCCCCCCCAGAGCCUGGUCCCUUCACCCCCCCGGAGCCCGUCCAAUCCACCCUCCGGUCCCAGUGCCAUGGCCGACCCCAGCUGGUGGAAGCUGACCUUCACACGGAAGAAGAAGUCGGAGGCCAAGGUUCUGUACGAGAUCCCCGCUGACCAUGACAGCAACACGGGGAAGAAGAGCGAGCAGAGCCCCGGGAGCGGGCCGGCCCCCGGCUCCACGGGGCCCAUGGACAGCCAGCUCAGCGCCCGGCUGGAGAAGAUCGUGGACAAGUCGGCCACCAAGGGGCGCCACGUCAAGGUGUCCCACUCGGGCCGCUUCAAGGAGAAGAAAAAGGUUCGCUCCACGCUGGCAGAGAACCCAAACCUCUUCCCCGAGCACAGCCUGGGCAGCGAGAACCAGAAGAACACCAAACACACUGAGAAGUAGUGAUCCUACCCACACUCACACACACACACACACGCACACACACACACACACACACACACACACACACACACACACACACAGGUAGAGACACAAACACAGAGGCAGAGACACAAACAUGCACACACAGAGGCAGACGCACACAAACACACACGGGCAGACACACACCCAUAUGCAGACAUGCAUGAGGCAUGCAUAUGUGCAAAGUGUGUGCGUGUUGCACACGUGACAUUUCUACAAUGUCCCUGGUCAUAAAAGAAAUGAAAGAUCACAGAGAGAGAUGACUGACUAGUAGAGAAGCACAAAGCCAGCGGAACCUGGGGGCCAUGAAUACCCAGAACACUUUGUAUCUGCACCACACCCUGCAGGGAGAGUAGCUGCUGGAGUCCCACCCACACCUUUGCAAACAAGUGACCAGCACUCACAAGCAUAAAGACAGUGUGCUCAGCAGAGAGAAUGAAAGUGGUGUGCUGUAAAACAGAUGGUUUUCAUAUUCAAAGGUUUAUUGAGGUGUACUGAACGUGAUAUGUUGAAAUGAACGCCUCUCCAGACAUAUCGGCGGCAACAUUAUUUUUUUUAAUGUAAUCAAAGUA